AUGGGGGAGUCGAUCCCGCUGGGCGCGCCGGUGCCGGUGGAGCAGGCCGUGCUGGAGACCUUCUUCUCCCACCUGGGCAUCUUCUCCUACGACAAGGCCAAGGACAAUGUGGAGAAGGAGCGGGAGGCCAACAAGAGCGCGGGGGCCAGCUGGCUGGCCCUGCUGGCCGGGCUGGCGCACCUGGCCGCCGCCGAGAAGGCCUACCACAGCAUGACCUUCCUGGGCCAGAAGCUAGGUGGUCAGUCAUUCUUCAGCCGAAAGGACUCCAUCCGAACCAUCUACACAUCUCUGCAUAAUGAGCUGAAGAAGGUGGUGGCGACGGGUCGCAAUGCACUAGGAGGAACAGCUCCUCACUUGGAAGAGCUGCUUUCUCACCUGUCUGAACAGCUCUGUUUUUUUGUUCAGGCUCGGAUGGAAAUUGCUGACUUCUAUGAAAAAAUGUACACGCUCAGCACCCAAAAGUUCAUUAACUCUGAGGAACUGGUAAACAUUUUGGAAUCCAUCUUAAAGAAAUACAGCUCAAGAUUCCAUCAUCCAAUCCUCAGUCCUCUUGAAAGCAGUUUCCAGCUGGAAGUAGAUGUGCUUGCACAUCUCUUAAAGGCUCAGGCUCAGAUCUCAGAGUGGAAGUUCCUUCCAUCCCUGGUCAACUUGCACAGUGCUCACACAAAACUACAGACUUGGGGCCAAAUUUUUGAGAAGCAGCGAGAGACCAAGAAACAUCUGUUUGGAGGGCAGUCUCAGAAGGCUGUACAACCUCCGCACCUCUUCCUCUGGCUGAUGAAGCUCAAAAACAUUCUCCUUGCCAAGUUUAGCUUUUACUUUCACGAGGCCCUUAGUCGACAAACAACAGCAUCUGAAAUGAAAACUUUGACUGCUAAAACAAAUCCUGAUUACUUUGGGAAAAUUUCCAGCUUCAUCCGGAAGUAUGAUGCCGUCAACGUUUCCUUAAUUUUUGACAAUCGUGGAUCAGAGAGUUUUCAGGGACAUGGUUAUCAUCAUCCCCAUUCUUACAGGGAAGCCCCCAAAGGAGUUGAUCAGUACCCUGCAGUGGUGUCUCUGCCCAGCGACAGGCCUGUUAUGCACUGGCCCAAUGUAAUCAUGAUUAUGACUGAUAGGACCUCUGACCUCAACAGUUUGGAGAAGGUUGUUCACUUCUACGAUGACAAAGUCCAAAGCACGUACUUUCUGACUCGCCCUGAACCUCACUUUACCAUUGUAGUUAUUUUUGAGUCCAAGAAGUCAGAAAGGGACUAUCAUUUUAUUUCUUUUCUCAAUGAAAUUUCACAUUCCCUUAAGAACUCCAAAGCUUUUGCGAGCUUGAAGCCUGGAUCCAAAGGGUAAAAUACAAACUACUUACAAGUUGUCAAGGCAGUAUGCCAGCCUUGGGGGAGCUGUAGCUUUCAAGGAUUACAUAAAUUCAUGAUUCUCAGAGUCUAAUUAAAAAGGAACCAUUAUUUUUAAUGUUGUAAGUUCCUUUUUUUAUAAGCUAACAGACACUUGAAGAAAAGUAUUUUUGGGCAGUACUCAGUGGCACAACUUAGUUGUGGGGUGCUCAAUGGCCACAGUAGGAUUUUUUUUUUGUGUGGUUUUCAAUUGUCAGUAUCAUUUAUUUUUUCAGUCCACAACUUUGUUGCCUGUAUCAGAAAGGAAUAUAUGCACUUUAUCUUAGUCUGAUCAUUGACUGUCUUCUACAGAGUUUAUUGAAAAUGUGGUGAGGAUGGAAGAUACUGUCUUUUCAGAAAACUGCAUUGCCUGACAGGAAUAACUUCUGGGAACCAAACACUGAUGCAAGGGAAUAUUAAAAAAAGCAAACCUGCAAGGACAUAUUUUAAAUAAAAAUAUGAGAAUCACAAAAGGCACUAUUGUUAAUUAUAACUUAGUUUUCAAAUGGUUUAAAACGAUAAUUGAGGUCUCUGACACUCUCUGUUAAGCACCAGUCUCUAUUCUGAACACCCUGUGUCAUAAAGCUUUGUCAUUGCUCCAGAACACAGGCUGGGGCACGAAAAGCUGCAGCAUGGGCUGGAAGGCCAGUACUCAGUGGAGUGUUGUGACAUUUUAUGUCCAGUACCAGUCUUGGCUCAGAUUAACUGAAGGAGACAAGCUGAGGUUGAGCAGGUAUUCUAGAAGGAUCAGCUCCAUGGAAAAAGCAGCAAAGCUCUUUUCAAAUUGU